UGCUUGUGAUUUGAUUUCUGUCUGUAAAUAAACGAAAUUAACAAUGAACAAGUGAACAAGUUAAACUUUCUAUAAUGUUAAAAAACGGCAAUUAAAUUACUACUUUUACAACUUUCUGAAUGCAACGACAAUAGGUGAAAAAAAUGAGCUAUGAGAAAACGGUUCUAGAAGUAGAACGGCUGCAGACGAAUGAGUCAUCCACUGUUUUGUCGGAACUCACUCCCCCUCGUCAGCAAAUUAUCCUCAAGUACCUCCGCAUCAAUCCAGACUUCCUUCGUCGUCCGGCUUCGUUUCCCAGAACUCUGAAUCUGGUCAGCAGCGAUCUCGCCGGAAGUGACUUACAAAAAUCGAGCUCAGAAGUGCUAGAAACUAUCGAAUGCUGGAAACAGCUCGUAACAAACCUUGAUUUGACGGCAUGUACCCCAGGAGAUCGAGAGCUGAAGCGUCUUCUCGUAGCAGUCGACACACGACUAACGCAUACACAGAUUACAACGAUACUGCAGCACCUUGAAGUGGUCGGAAGUGACAGCGAUACGCUGUGGCCAACAAUAGCAGUUGAAAUGCGUGCACUAAAGUUUCCCUCCCGACCGGAAGUAUACUGGCGGCGAGGGUUCGAAGAGUGGUGCCAAGAAGCGCGCAAAAAAUACCGAACGGAUGCUGACAGUCUUUCCGCCUUACAGCAGCGCUAUAUCGAUUAUUUGCGGAAUCGUAACCAAUUGCAAUCGGAAGAUGCUGAAAUUACACAAGAGAGUGGUGCUGAUUGUGGAGUGGAUGCAUUCGAAUUAAUUAUAAAUCACUGUCGGACUUGUUUAGCGGUCCUCAAAGCUGGCGGCAGGAAGUACUAUCUGUUUGAGGCUCACGGUUCUAGGACGACAUUAGCGGACAAGAUAAAUGGCUGUUUUGGGAGUGAUAUUAGACUAGAAGACAAACUCCCGAAGUACGUUUGUGAUCAUUGCGUGACGCAAGUGGAAGCAUCGUAUGCUAUGAAAAUACAAAUUGAACAAACAGAUGAUGAAUUGAGGAAUUUGAUGGCGGAAUAUGAAGGAAAAAACUUAGAGAAAAAUGAAGCAUGUAAAAAACUCCCUCAAGAAGCAGCAUCGGAGCAAGUUCAAACAGUAGAAGUUGUGGAACAAGUCGAAUGCACGGAAAUUGCCGAAGACCAGUUGAUGGAAGACGCAUUAUCAGAAACAGAGGAAGUGAACUUUACAGACCAUAUAAACAGUAAAUUGUCGCCGGAGGGGACACUUUUAAAAAUUGAAAACAUGAAAAAUGUCGAAAUAGUUGAAGAAGUAGAAGAGUAUUACGAAGAAAUUGAACAUCCGGAGGAGGCGACUUUCGAACUCAAACAAGGAAACGAGAAUUAUACCCUUUGUAUCUACGAUGCUCCGGAAGAACCAGCGAAGGAAAAGCUGAACCGAAGUCGAGCGCGUAACAAAAUUAUCCCCGAAAUGGACAACAAUUUUUUUCAGUGUGAGCAAUGCAAAGCAGUUUUUCGGAGCUACGAUUUAUGGCAAACGCACAAAGCUAGACACGACAUGGAAAAGCGGUUUGCUUGUCCUACUUGCCAGAAGCAGUUCCGAUCCGCAUCAACGCUAAAAGUGCAUCGGCGGACCCAUACUAAUGAGCGGCCCUAUGUGUGUGAUAUUUGUAACAGAAGUUUCGUGCAGAAUACCAAUCUUACGUAUCAUAUGAAGGUGCAUCAGAAUAUUCGCGACUUUCCGUGCGAGCAGUGUUCUUACCGAGCACGGAACCAAAAUGAUUUAAAUCUGCAUCAGCGCAGUCACUCCGGAGCCCGUCCAUAUGUCUGUGAUAUAUGUCAGUGUUCCUUCUCUACCUCGAGCAAUCUGAGCAAACACGUCAAGCGGCGACACAUGGGCGAAAGGAACUUUAAGUGCGAGCAAUGCGAUAAAACGUUCACCACCAAAGAGACCGUUCAAAAGCACAUGGUUACACACACUCGAUCCAAACCGUACCCAUGUCCGGAGUGCAGCAUACAGUACAGCUGGUAUAAUGGACUGCAGAAGCAUAUGAAAGCCAUGCACGCAGGAAAACCAAUACCGACAGAGAAAACGAUGUUCGUUAAAUUCAACCAGGGACAGAUCAAUGUCGGUUCCGAUGUUGCAACUGAAUAAACAGUAAGUUCAGCAUCUGCAAUCGCAUUUUUGUAGGCUAAUAUGGUACAGAAUAUUUUCUAUGAUAGAUCUGAAGUGCUGAUAUUGUGAAUCGUUACUGCUGCUUAAUAUAUGAUUCUAGUACAAGCUCAUAUGGUCGAUGUGCGACCAGAGCGGACCAAGCGCCAAAAACAUUUCGAGUAAUCGGCGAUCAAAGUUUCACCACCCCGUAUGUUUUCUGCAAGCUGCUGCACAGAAAUUUUGUUACAAUACCAUUCUAAACUGUUCAAAUGAUUUCGUUAUUUGAUGAAAGGUAGAUUAUCAAUUUCAACAUACACUGAGGUGUUAAAAACUCAAUUUAAAAAAGGCGCUUGGUUCGGUCUGGUCGCACGCUGACUAUAUGUAAAUCGUGGAAAUCUCUAAAGUUGUUCUAAAUUUUUCUAAAAUUAUCGAAAAAAUGCUUUAUAAUAAGUAGAGAGAUCAGAGACGAAGUUCAGGUCCACGGGAAGAUUGAUGGUAAUUAAAUCAAGGUGGUCAAUGAGCUCGUGUACCUGGUCUCAAUACUGACAAUGAUAUCAGACAGUUGCCCCAAUUAAACCAGCUGUAAGACACUGAUAGAAACUAAAAUUUGGAAAAGUUUAUUCAACCACAAACUGGUACAUGAGCUGCUCGGGAAGAUUUUUAUCGCCCUUCCGAUAAAUGGGCAGGUUGCGAUGGAUUAAAUAUGUCGUAAGGAUGUCAAUAACAACCUGGCGAACGUUCUUGAAACCAAUCAGUUCAGGACGAGAUGGCGAGAUGCGUAGCGGCAAAGUGGAUUGUUCAUUUAGAAAGCAACCUGCGAACCCUUCACAGAGAGCGGAGCUUG